AUGAACAAGUUCCUGGUGCGAGGCCUCGGCUUCUUCAACGAUGCCUACGACCUGUUCGUCAUGAACGUGGUCAACAUCGUGCUCACGGAGCAGUACGGCAAGGACGUGUACACGUCCAGCAUGAAGUCGUGGGUGUCGGCCGCGGCGCUCAUCGGCGCCGUGGUGGGCCAGCUGGCCUUCGGCUUCCUGGGCGACGUCUUCGGCCGCCGCGUCAACAUGAUCGCCACGUGCGUGCUGCUGAUCUUCGGCGGCAUCCUUUGCACGUGCGCGUACGGCGGCUCGCCCUCGGGCACGCUGUGGUUCCUGGUCGCGGCCCGCUUCAUCCUCGGCAUCGGUAUCGGUGGCGAGUACCCGCUCGCUGCCUCGUCGACGGCCGAGGACGCUACGUCCGUGGCCGACCGCAACCAGCGCGUGGCCCUCACCUUCAGUCUGCAGGGAGUGGGUUCGCUCACGGCCGCUAUCCUCGGCAACCUCAUCAUCCAGGCCCUGGCCAACGGCGACAAGGGCGAGAACGCGGACUCGCGCCUUGAGACCGUGUGGCGUCUGCUCUUCGGCAUUGGCGUCAUCCCGGCCAUCAUCGUCUGCUACUGGCGUAUUUCGGCCGAGGAGACCGACGCCUACAAGGCCGCGGAGGAGCGUCGCCAGGCCGCUGCCAACGCCAACCCCACGGCCUCGCGCGCGCGCCUCGCCUUCAUCCUCCGCCACUACGGCGUGAGCCUGCUCGGAACGGCCGGCACGUGGUUCCUGUUCGACAUCGUCUUCUACGCGCAGAACCUCUUCUCGGCCAGCAUCCUGUCUGUCGUCGGCGUGCACAACGCGUCGCUGCAGGUCGUGACCACGGAGAACGCGUUCGUGGCGCUCAUGGCCCUGCCCGGUUACUACGUGGCUGUGUACUUCAUCAACCGCCUCGGCCGCAAGGUCAUCCAGCUGCAGGGCUUCGCGGUCAUGACGGUGCUCUUCCUGGUGCUGGCCGUCUUCUGGGAGGACAUCAAGGAAAAGGCCGUGCUCUUCAUCAUCCUCUUCGGACUCGCGCUCUUCUUCUCCAACUUCGGCCCCAACACGUCGACGUUCGUCAUGCCCACCGAGAUGUUCCCCACGCCGAUCCGCUCCACGUGCCACGGUAUCUCCGCCGCGUGCGGUAAGGCCGGCGCUGCCAUCGGUUCGUUCGGCUUCUCCAUCUGGGUCGAGAACGAGAGCUUCGGCUACGACGGCGCCUUCUACUCGUUCGCCGCCAUCACGCUCGUGUCCAUCCCGCUCACGUGGUUCUGCAUGUUCGACAACGAGCAGGGCUUCGACGAGAUGGACGCCGAGUUCUACCAGAAGCUGCAUGGCGCCGACGACUUCACGCGCGAGUCCUUCAGCUCGGUUGCCAAGCAGAACGACAUUGAGAAGGACGGUGUGUACAAGGCCAACAACACCCCGCAAUAAAUGUGCGAACGGUAGCACAUACCAUUAGGAUCUUUUCCUCCUAAGCAUUAAUGUAAUACCUUUUUUGAAGUGCUC